UUUCUUCUUCAUGUCGAUGAACAGCCGCCUUGCAUGUUAGGCAAAGCAGUAACGAUUGCAAAUCAAUGGGUGGCGCCCAUGCACACUAGAAGAAGAAGCCGCUAAAAGAGACAAAGAAGAAAAAAAACGACGAGGGUGAUCUCGAGCAUGAACAAAAUCAAGCGGAAGGAAGUGGUUGUCCCAGUUAGCACGUUGGUUGCAGCGUCGUUUCUUUUCUAUCACGAAUGUAUUUGUUUUCGCUUAACACUGUAAAACCUCGUUUAUUAUGAUUGUUAUCUACUGCCUGGAUAAACUCACUUGAGUGUCCCUCAAGUUAGCUUCGCUUUCAAGGGGCGAACAAAGAGACGCGUCGCGAAAGCCGUGCUCGAGUGUCGGGAUUGUCGAGUGAAAAUGUGCAAAGUGCAAAUGCUGAGAGCGUUGCUAAAUCAGCGACUGAGCGCGGCUGUUGACGAAGUAUUUGAGGUGUUCCAGAGAACGAUAGCGGAGUACGAGGAGGAACUUUGUCGUACUAAAGCGGAGAACGAGCGACAACGUCAACUACUGGACGCUGUUUUCAAGCCUCAGUCUGGAUCAAACACAACAGGUACACAAACAAUGGAGGAUGUUGGUGAAGGGAGAGCUACAAAAAGUGAAGAUGAUGUUCUUCCAGACCAGCAGGCGCGGAGUUCCCGGGAAAAGCCGGCGGACAGAGAGCCCACUUACAUUAAAGAGGAAGAGGAGGAGGCGGCCAUCGCAAAGUUCCCAUUGACCGUCGUCCACAUGAAGAGCGAAGAUGAAGACAAGCCGCACUCCUUGCAGUGUCAGCACAUUGGUAGCGAAGAGAAACUAUCCCGAGCAAGCAGUAACUUAUCUCCACGGUCAGACAGCGACGACACAUCGUCACACUGUCCUGAUGGCGAGGAGUUGAAAGGUGAUGCCAGGUGUCAGACCAACAGUGGACACCUGAAAUGCACAGAUUGCAACAAAACUUUUAGUGACAACUCCACGCUGAAAAGACACCGAAGAUGUCACACAGGAGAAAAACCUUUUGCCUGCUCACUGUGUGACAAAAGGUUCUCUCAGAGGGCAAGUUUGGUGGCUCACACGAGAACGCACACGGGAGAAAGACCAUAUACAUGCUCACUCUGCACCAAAAGUUUCCGCGACAAUUCCGCACUAGCCACGCACAUGAGAACACACACUGGGGAGAAACCGUUCACCUGCCCGUUUUGUGACAAAAGAUUUGCUCACAAGAGCCAUUUGAUAUCGCACACGAGGACACACACUGGGGAAAAGCCUUUCACCUGCUCGGUCUGCAACACGGGUUUUAGGGUGCACUCGGUCAUGAUGAUCCACAUGCGAACACACACCGGGGAGAAACCUUUCGCCUGCUCAGUUUGUGGAAAAAGAUUCACUCAAAAAGGAAGCUUGAUCAUCCACACAAGAACGCACACGGGCGAGAGACCGUACACUUGCUCAAUCUGCAGCAAAAAAUUUCGCGUUAGUUCGGCGCUGGCAUCACACAUGAAGACACACACCGGGGAGAAAGCUUUUGGCUGCAGUGUGUGUGCGAGAAGAUUUACUCACAAGUUUCAACGUGACAGACACAAGUGUGCAGGUGAGAACACCAGUAGUCAGUGAAGGACCGUAAGGAAACGGACAACAUGGCAGUCCCUCAAUUUAUGCUCCUGUUAAUGCUGCAAAUAGGAGAACAAUCCUGAAUAAUUGCUGCACCCCCUGAAAAUGUUCAUCAUUGUCUGUCUUUAUAAAUGUUGAAUCGCUUUAUUAUGGUGGGAGCGGGUCAAUAUAAAUUGACCGAAGGCCUGCGCCAAGUAGAGAUGUUUUCAAAACUCCCAACAGCAUCUACCAGAGGCUGUCAAUGUGAAAGUUGUUGCUUUUUUUCCAUGUUCAGUCUGUCUGCAUGUUCAUGUUACAACUGGAUCAAAAACAUUAAAACAAAAUCAGAUGAAUGCAGAUUGA